AGAUUUAGUAGUAGGUUGUAAAAAUGGCUGUUAAUGUGAAAGCUGAUCUUACUGUAUUAGGUCAAGCAGCCAGCUGCUCACACAAGGAUUUAACUGAGAGAUAUCAACAAAUCCUAGAACGAUGCUUUGCUAUGGAGGACCAGGAGCGAAUUCCGGCACUCAAAGCAUUCGUAGAUGCUAUGAUGAAUGAAAAUGUGAGCCAAAUGAGGUCCAGACAGCUCCUCACUUCGUUUUGUGGUCAGCUAACACAGAUGGGAAAUGCUGCUUGUAAAGAGGUGUCACUAUUUGCAUUGGAAAGAAUUCAACCAAGGGUCAUAUCAUUUGAAGAGCAGGUCUCCCAGAUAAGACAGCAUCUUGCGAGCAUCUUUGAAGAAGAGGAGAACUGGAGGGAUGCUGCUCUUAUGCUCGUUGGAAUCCCUGUAGAAUCAGGGCAGAAGCAAUACAGUCUUGAUUAUAAGCUUAAGACUUAUCUUACUAUCGCUCGGCUUUAUUUAGAGGAUGAAGAUCCUGUGCAAGCUGAGAUGUAUAUUAACAGAGCGUCGCUUUUACAAAACGAGACUGCAGACGAACAGUUGCAGAUUCACUACAAGGUUUGCUAUGCACGAGUGCUUGACUAUAGAAGAAAGUUUCUAGAAGCAGCUCAGAGAUACAACGAACUAUCAUAUAAAAGUGCAAUCCAUGAGACUGAACAGACUAAAGCUCUUGAGAAGGCUUUAAACUGUGCAAUUCUUGCUCCAGCAGGACAGCAGCGAUCCAGGAUGCUAGCAACAUUGUUUAAAGAUGAGAGAUGCCAGCUUCUUCCAUCAUUUGGGAUCCUGGAGAAGAUGUUUCUUGAUCGGAUUAUAAAGUCAGACGAGAUGGAAGAGUUUGCUCGUCAGUUGAUGCCACAUCAGAAAGCGAUCACUGCCGAUGGCUCCAACAUCCUCCACAGAGCAGUCACGGAGCACAACCUCUUAUCAGCAAGCAAACUCUACAACAACAUCCGCUUCACGGAGCUAGGAGCGCUUCUUGAGAUCCCUCAUCAGAUGGCGGAGAAGGUAGCAUCCCAAAUGAUCUGUGAGAGCCGGAUGAAAGGACACAUCGACCAGAUUGAUGGGAUAGUUUUUUUCGAGCGACGAGAAACUCUUCCAACCUGGGAUGUACAAAUCCAAUCUCUUUGCUUGGAAGUAAACUCUAUUGUAGACAAAAUAUCAGCUGUACACCAGGACUGGGUUAAUCAUAAAAUGGAACUGCUUAUGUCAAACACUAAUUAAUAAUUUCUUAUUUUUAAAUGUAGUGCUCACAUCUUGUAUCUGAUAUUUGCAAUACCAUUCUUCUCACUCACACAACAAAAAUAAAUUUAAGAUUGGAAAUGUUAGACCAUUGUGACCUCGGUUACAAUGAUGUGGCAAGAUAUUUACUUUCUUGUUUGGAAUGUAAUUGUUUCAUUACUUUUAUUUCUCAG